AUGGCUGACUCUGUGGAUCGCGUGUUCGUCCAUGCCUUAAAUACCGUCAAGAAAAUCCCCAAAACGGGGGCCUCGCGCCCCCCGCCGUCCGACAGGCUGCGACUCUAUGGCCUCUACAAGCAAGCGAUGGAGGGGGACGUUGAUGGCGUCAUGGAACGGCCGACCUCGGCUUCCGGCAUACCAGCUGAUGAGCUCCAGCGCGAGAAGGACAAGUGGGAUGCAUGGAACUCCCAGAAGGGCCUGAGCCGGACGGAGGCGAAGAGACGAUAUAUCGAGGCAUUGAUCGAAACGAUGCACAAAUUCGCGACGACACCAGACGCCAAGGAACUUGUCGCGGAACUCGAAUUCGUAUGGAACCAAAUUAAGAACAACAGCCCGAGCUCGACCGAAUCCUCACCGAAAGGCACAGGAUAUACCGGCCAGUUGCGACAGUAUCAGAAUCCCCUGCCUGACUCCGAAGGACCGCUGAAGGUUCUAAGCCCCAUGAGCGAAGACGACGCCGCCGAACGAAACUCGGUCGGGAGGAUUGUCUACAACGAAGAGGAGGAAGGGGACGCGCUUGCGAGGAGCAGCAACUGGUCGCGGAGCGUGGAACGCGCCCUGGAAAAGCUCUCGGCCGAGGUCGCGGCCUUACGAGAGCAAAUCACAACAGGAAGGGAGUGGAAAUCGAAAAAGUCGCGAAGUUUCCCCGCCUGGAUACGGUGGUUCACCUGGGUGGUAUUAAAACAUCUCGCCAUCGAUGCGGUCCUGUUGGCCUUCAUCCUCCUGUGGAUGCGCAAGCGGAAGGAUAGGAGGUUGGAGGACUUGGUCCGCGCCGGGGUGAAGUUGAUGAGGGAAUACGUGAGGAACGUCUUACCGUCCAGAUGA